AGUACCAAAUGUACAGUCGUGAGGGCAGCAAGUCUGUAGGACAGAAUCGUUAAAGGGUAUUUCCCGAAGCCACGAUAGAACUGGAGGAAAAUGUGCAAGAAUGCCAAAAAAAACAUUUGUUGGAUCUACUUGUCGAGUUUUCCAAAUUGGAGACACUCGUACAUUUUGUGAAAGUGAAAAGUGAAGAUUUUCCUCUGGUGGUAACUGUAUCUCGAAUUUGAAGUUUAUCUUAUAACCAUCCCCCACAAGUUUCCUCAAUACACUUGGAAGGGAGUGAAAUAGACACGGAUUUUGUAUGGCAUCUUGCCAGAGAAUUUAUUCCGAAAAUUUCUCAACAUCCUUCUCCUCAAAUGGAUUUUUUUUUUAACACACAGCAAAUACUCCGUCGGCAAAUAUUCAAUAGUGGAUGAAAUUUCAAGGAGGUGAAAAGUGAGUGGAAAUCCUGGAAAAAUCCCUUCUGUGAAAUCCCACUGAAGCCAAGAGUUUUGGGUGAGAAAAAAGUGAAUUUUAUCCGCAAAAGGAAAAAAAACAAGUAAAAACGAAGUAGGAUUGGAUGUAGUUUGGAGAGUGUUUUAAGUGCUAGAAAGUAAGGAUAGCAAGGCAAGAAAAUAAAGAAAAAACGUAGAAUUUACAGAGUGUUUAAGUGUAAUUGAAUUAAUUCAGUGCUGAAAGUCUUGUGCCUCCUCGCAAGAGUAAAUCACAAGCAAAAGUGUAAUCCGUGUGUUAGAGGGGGGAAAAGGUGGAUGGGGUUGAUACUGAGAAUAUGCUUCGUUUCACUGAAAAUAUGGAGACACCAACGAGCUGGACUCAAGGGUACAUUCUUGUGACGAUGCUACUCUGUGCCAUACACAAAACAGCAACGACAGACACAUUUGACACAGCAGAUGAGAAGGAUGUGAGUCUGCAUCAAAUUGAUAAUUUUUAUGAUUCAGUGAUGGAGGUUGCAACGGAAUUGAGUGUGCCACAUCAUGAGAGACACGGACCAUAUUUUGAUGUGUCAGCAUCCAAAAAUGUUACAGCCCUCGUGGGAAAAACCGCCCAACUCAAUUGUCGUGUACACAAUUUGGGCAACAAAACGGUUUCCUGGAUUCGACAUCGAGAUAUACAUUUGCUUACAACAGGAAGAUUUACGUACACGUCAGACCUCAGAUUCCAAAGCGUUCACAAUCCACAAACUGAAGACUGGACACUACAGAUUAGGUAUCCACAGAAGAGAGAUUCGGGGGUUUACGAGUGCCAGGUCUCCACAACACCACCCAUUGGUCACUCCAUGUAUCUGUCCAUUGUUGAACCUAUUACAACAAUCAUCGGUGGUCCGGAUUUGUACGUGAACAAAGGGUCCACUGUGAAUCUGACGUGUAUCGUACGUCAUCUACCAGAACCACCACCGGGCAUGCAAUGGACACACAAUAAUAUCGAAAUUAAUUAUGAUUCGCCACGUGGGGGUGUUUCUGUAAUCACAGAAAAGGGUGAAAUCACUACAUCCUAUCUACUCAUCCAGAGAGCCAAAAGUCCUGAUUCGGGAAAAUACACUUGUCUACCAUCCAAUGCCAAUCCAUUCACAGUGACUGUUCACGUCUUAAAUGGUGAAUAUCCCGCUGCAAUGCAACAAGGUGGAAAGCUGAAAGUUGGUGAUCCCUACACAGUUCUCUUCUUCGCAUUUUUCGUCAUCAAUCUCACAAGAUGAAUGGGAAUGUCUUGAGUGAACCAACAAUGGGAAUCAACAUAUUGUAAUUCAAUUUGUAAUAUUGACAGAAAGCUGAAUUAUCUCAUAGAGCUACAGAGAAAAAAAAAUAUAUAUAUAAGAUCGAAAAGAGAAAGAAAUGAAAGAAAAUGGUCAGAUAAAUAGUAGUGAGUUUGAAAGAUAAGAAUGAAAAGUCCAAUUUCAUCAUCACUGAGUUUUUUCAUUUCUUAUUUUAAUUCAUUGGUAUCCCUGCAGAAUGGCAUGACUAUUUGAAAAUUUCCAUAUUAUGUAGAGAGGCAAUAACAAGCUUCCUCAGAAAGCUACACCUAAAAAAGUGACUUUAGGCCACGCCCCCUUAUGAGAUUCAUGCGGACUUAACGUUGAUUUUUCUUCAAUUUUCAAUGUUUAAUAUGAGGAUAGUAGGGCAUAUCUAUAGCAAAUUACACUUACGAAUUUAACUGGGACGGACGCUAAAUGCCUCAUAUCCCAGAAAACGAAACCACGCCCUCAAUUGGAUGAAAUCUAAAAAAGAAACACUAAACAUUUCAACUUUUUUUUUGUUUUCUAAAUAAUAUUUUAUAAUGAAUUUCCAUAUUGAAAUCAUGGACAUAGGGAAGAAAAUAAUUCCAUAUCGUAAUACAAGACACGCCCUCUUGUGUUUAUUGCCCCUCCCAAAAUUCUUAAUUUGUCACACCUUUAAAAUAGAGUUUUUUUUCUUAUUUUUAAAUAAAACUGGACCGCGACAGUGUAUUUGCUAUAGAGAUGGAGACUCUGCUACCCAAAUGAUUGAACCUUCUAGAUCCAUAAAAACGUUAUCAUAAGCUUUUACUUACUUCUAGAACUUAAGGAUGGUCUUUACCGAUAUGACCAGGGGGGUGGCAUUAGCUCUGAAAAAUACAACCAGUUUUAGUGUAAAUUUUUUCCUGUUUUCGUACACAUUCCACGAGAUAUCUCCAAAACUACGUAGGCUACCAAUUUAGGGUUUUCGGUUGCCUUUUCGUUACUAAAUUUUCUUUUAUUUUGUAUUAGUAUUAUUUGCUAAUUCAUUUUACAAUGACAGAAAACAGCUAAUAAACUCAAAAGUUUUUUCAGCACGCUAGAAAUAUAGGAAAUGUCAUUCCCCUGAAUAUGACCUACCAUGUCCGGUUAGUGAAAACCAUUCUUAAACAUUAAAAUUAAAGAAACGCUUACGAACAGAAGAAUAUCAAAGCUAUCAAAGUCACUUGUAGAGGGCAAAGUCGCCCACACUUACAGUACAAUCCUUUUUGCCUUCAUUUAAGAAUUAAAAGGGGCGUGGCUUAAUUGUAAUCGAUGAGAAUAUCCAUGAUAUGCCCUAGAUUGAAUAGGUGGAGGCACUUUUAACGGAAGAAGUUGUAGUAUUCCAUUGCUUCACAUUGAAAAUACAAAAAAAGUUGAUAAUACUUGUCGUAGGGGCGUGGCCUAUAUUUCUAUCACGUUUUCUGUUUGGCUGAAACUUCACAUUUUAAAAGCUUUCAAAUUCCAACCAAUCAGUAUGCAUAAUUUAAACAAGAGGUCUUGCAGCAGACCAUUAUUGCACAUUGAAAAUACAAAAGAAAUCAGAAUUAUCUACCUUAGGGGCGUGGCCUAAAAUUGCAUCAUUUUUCCGAUUUGUUAAAGCCGUGAGCGUUCUAAAGGCUUUCAAAUUCCUGCCAAUCAGAAUGCAUGAUGUACCUAAAGCACUUUUUGGGAUUCAAAAAUUUAAUCGCAUAAGGAUAGUGUCUUAUUCAGGAAGGAACCGUUCUGCAUAAAACAAAUAGUUAAUGCCAUUUUGUAGUUGUGCCAAAUCUUUUAGCAUCACGCGAUUUAUACAAACAUAUCCGUGAAAUUUUUUCUCCAUAAUAAAAAGUACGCAUAUUUGAAUGUGAUUUGAGAAUUUUCCACAAGAAAAAAAAACUAGAAAAAAAACUUGUGGAUGAUGAUGCUCUUAUUUGUCAGAGACAUAAACUUGACUGUUUUGUGCGGUGAAGAGAGUCCGUAGUGUUUUAGUAAAGUAAAAAAAGAGAUAAAGAAAAUAGAAAAAUGACUUAGACAAAUAGAAAUGAGAAAUAAUAUAUAAAUAAACAAUUUUGAUCCCUCUUUCUCCUCCGGCAAAUAGACAUUGCAAACAACCAGACAAAGAGACAAACAGCAAUUUAAUUGUAAACCACAGCGUUUCAAUUUCAUGGCUCUUUCCCGAUGGAUUUUCCCAAACGAAUUGGACAGUGAAAGAGGACAAAAUGUAAACUUAUUAAAUUACAUUGUUUACCUGUGUGCAACUCUGUGGAACAAUUAAUUUUUCCACUCAAAUCACAAUAUACCAAAAGUUCCUUAUUUUCCCUCUUCAUUUUUGAUCUUUCUUCCCAAUUUUCCUUUUGUCCUUUUGUCAUCUUCCCCCCUUUCCAUGUCUUCCUGUUUCUCCGUUCCCACAAAAAAAAUUGAUUGUGAAAUAUAUUUUCUCUCAAGGAAAAUACUCCGAAUGAAGAAAAAAAAUCAAAAUAAACAUUUUAUUGAAAAUAACAUCUCGAAAAA